CGGCGGCGACGACGACGCCCGCCGGGAGGAGUAUGCUGCGAGGCAAGUCCCGGCUCAACGUGGAGUGGCUGGGCUACUCGCCUGGCCUGCUCCUCCAGAACAAGCCGCUCCUGGCAGGGCGCACGCCUCGAAACCUUCGUGGAAGCGAAAGUUCUUUAGCGUCUACUCUGAAGACUCUUUUGUUCUUCACAGCUUUAAUGAUCACAGUUCCUAUUGGAUUAUAUUUCACAACUAAAUCUUAUAUAUUUGAAGGUAUCCUCGGAAUGUCGAAUAGGGAUAGUUACUUUUAUGCUGCAAUUGUUGCUGUGGUUGCCGUUCAUGUGGUACUGGCUCUCUUUGUGUAUGUAGCCUGGAAUGAAGGCUCACGGCAGUGGCGUGAAGGAAAGCAAGAUUAAAGUGAACAUCACCUUUUGAUGGAAUUGAAUUGAUUUUUUAAUAUGGUAAAUGUUUUUGGGACAUUGGUGAUGAGUAAAUUUUAUUUGAAUAAAGUUGAAAGAACAUGUUAAAAUCAAA